GUAUACGUACUUGCCGUACAAAAUAAUCCCACUGUUAGCCUUCGUUCUUUCCAAUUAUGUAAAUUUAUUACUGUCUUAAGAUAGAAUGAGUUUCAUUUUGUCCCCUCAUAUUUUUUAAUUUGAAGCCGAGUUCCUACUUCACACACCUUUGCCUUUAUUGUCCAAGAACGCACCAGAAAGCCUUGAACUACGCUAUAUGGAGGUCACAGACGGACAAGGGUAAGCAUAUGAGUAUAUAUAUCCUGCUCUCUUCUAGUCUAUUUCUAUCCGUUACAUCAUCCGAUAAUAACUACAAUCACUACAAUAUUUUCGCGAUGUCUACUUCCACCUCGAACGCACCUGACCCCUAUCUGGGCCGUUGGUCAGGGACGUCCACGACGAAACCGUUCAAUGAUUUUACCAUUAUUGAUAUUGUAUACCGAGAUGGGCACAGCUAUCUUCAUCGCCAUGACCGGCGAUCCCCAAAACCUCUCGAGGGUCAGAUAAGCUAUACAUCAAACAAUGUAUUCAUGGCCACUGUGCCAACCUGGCUCGGCGGAGCAGCUACCAUUUACGGCACCUUCCACAGCAAUAGUUUCGGUGUGGUUCUCAUUGCCAAAAUUGAGGGGGAUGGCCUUACUGGCCUAGAGACUAUAGAAGUCCAUCUUAAACAAGGCGCCCCGGAACACGAGAAGUACCUAGCUCCUCGUCUCGAUGUAGCCCCUGAGAGCCACCCAAAUAAUGCCGACUUCAUGUCCACGGCCGCCCCAGAGGCCUUGAACAUGACCGCUGAGCAACUUGACGCUGCCAUACAAGCUAUUAUCAGGCCGCGUAGUCACCCAGAUAAUCGCGUUGAAGGCCUUCUCAUUCUCAAGGAUGGACACCGCGUCCACGAAUCCUACUACUACGGCCUCACAGCCUCCGAUUCCCAUCCAUGUGCCUCAAUCACCAAAUCUAUCGUCUCUCUCCUUACUGGUAUUGCCAUUGAUGAAGGCUUUCUCUCCCUCGAUGAUCCCGUCGCAGCCGCUUUUGAUAUUCCCUCAGCUUGGACCGACUCCCCACCCAUCCUCCUCCGCCACGCCCUCUCAAUGACACCUGGCACCGCCUUCAGCCAGCGCGACACUGCAAAAAUGCUCACUUCCACUUCAGUUGCGUCGCUUAUCCUCAACGCCCCUCGGCGCUAUGGAGACCCAGGCGCUAAAUAUCACUAUGAUAACAGCCUUCCUACCAUUGUCAGCUUGCUCAUCGAGCGUAAAUCUGGGCUUGGCAUCGAGGCUUUUGCGCGCAAGUAUCUAUUUGGCCCGCUCGGCAUCACCAACUACACUUGGACGCGGAUGCAUGAAGACUCUGUGGAUGGCACCCCUUUUGUAUUGCCGUCUGGUGGGCUUAAUAUGACGCUUACUGACCUCGCAAAGGUUGGCGAGCUGCUGCUGGGGGGUGGCGCGUAUCGUGGAAACCGUAUCGUAUCAGCUGAUUAUAUAGAGGCGGCGACAAAGAGUCAGACGAGAGAGGGUGACUAUCCAUAUGGGUAUUUCUUUCAUUCUAAUGAGGGAGGUAGACAUGUGCCAGGGGACGGAUCGGUAGGAGCGUAUAUGGCAUUGGGCAGUGGCGGACAGGUUAUUUGGGUAGCACCAAGGCAGAAGCUGGUAUUUGUAGCGGUUGGGAGUAGUUGGAUGAGCUUCGAGGAGACGCCGGUGGUCCUUCGCUCUUUUGCGGACACAGUUCUUAGGGGGUUGGAAUAAAUAUAGCAGUUUAUUAAAUAUUUAAAUUGGCGGAUUUUAAAAUGAAAUAUUUUAACUUUUC